AUGGAGCAGCCACAUCACCGCCGUCAGAUCUUCCCCUUCUACGACCGUACCGGUGUGGACCUUUUCUCAGGGCUCUCCACUUUGACUCCGCUGCUGCCGCCGCCGCCGUCGCCGCCGCCGCUGGCGGCCAUAAGUCCAACGCCCAACGAGGAGUUUGCUUUCCGACAGGGUGACGCCUCCUGGACGUCCUUCCCUUUCGGAGAAUUCGUCCAGCUGGGGGCAAACGUCUGCAGGAGGUCUGGCAGGAGCGGCGGGACGGGUGCCGGCGGUGACUCUGGUGGCGUAGUCGCUACCGGCACCACGGCCAGGUGCCAGGCGGAGGGCUGCAGCGAGGACCUGAACCGCGCGAAGCACUAUCAUCGGAAGCAUAAGGUGUGUGAGUUCCACUCCAGGGCCGCUGCCGUCGUCGUUCAUGGCCUUUCACGGCGGUUCUGUCAACAAUGUAGCAGGUAAGGGACUCACGUUAAGGGGCCUCCUGUUCGUACUUUACUGUAAUCCACCUUCAUUGAUUGUAGCUUUUCUCUCCACGCAGAUUCCAUGUCCUGUCGGAGUUCGACCAGGGGAAGCGCAGCUGCCGAAAGCGGCUGGCCGAACAUAAUCGCCGUAGGAGGAAGAUAAAGUCGCCGCCAUCACCGCGGCCUCAACCACACCGUGGCACAGCAGUCGUCGCCGUGCCGAGUUAG